GAGCACAGCAGCCAGGCUCGCCCAGCACCGAUGCAGGUCCACCCGUCCCGCACGCAGCACGUCCCCGACCACGACCGCAACUCGCGCCCUCGCGCCCACGACUACCACGAAGACCGCCAGCUCCCGCCUCACCUCGCCCGACCCGACCACGACAGGGGGGACCGCAGGGCUUCUCCCGCCUACGACGACUACCCGCGCCGCGACCACCGCAACGACCGCCUCACCCCGGAACGCCAACUCGAACCCGCCCACCACCACCAGCCCUACGGCGGCUACGGGCCUCGAGCUGGAGGAGGACCAGGCUACCAGGGCGGCGGUCCAGGUGACCAGGGCAACGGCUACGGCUACGGCCCUCGAGGCGGACACGGCGCCGGCGGGCCUCCUCCGCCUCGAGGGCGCGGUGGACCUGGAGGAGGCGCAGGCGGCGACCAGUUCUUCGAGGCCCGCCGCAAGGAGCGCGACAACUCGAGCAUCACCAUCUGGCCCCCUUCGCCUCGCACUCCCGAGCCCGAGGACUCGCGCGACUCCAAGUCCAAGUCGCGCUCCAAGCACUCGUCGUCGCGCCACUCGAAGCACCACAAGUCGUCGUCGCACCGCCGCUCGAGCCGCCGCUCCCCCUCGCCCUCGUCCUCGUCCGGCUCCGAGUCGGACGACGGCGACCGCCGCCGCUCCAAAUCGAGCCGGUCCAAGCACCGCUCGAGCCGCCACGGCCGCAGCGACAAGGAGCGCGAGCGCAGCAGCCGCAAGCGCUCGGCUUCGGCGGCCGCCUCGCACCGCGACGACGACGACCGCUCUGGGUCCGACUCGGAUGCCGACGAGGACCGCCACCGCCGCUCCAAGCGGCGCCACUCGUCGUCGCGCGCCGAGUCGUCGGGCCCGUCGACAGCGCUCGUGCCCGCCAGCACCGGCAACGGCGACGACGACGACGAGUGGGUCGAGAAGCCGUCGACGUCGGCGCUCGGCGACGGUGCGCUCGGCUCGGACGACGAGGUUGGGCCCAUGCCGCUCACCGGGCCCGGCUCGUCCAAGGCGUCGCGCUCGGCGUACGGCGGCGCGCUCCGGCCGGGCGAGGGCGCCGCCAUGGCGGCGUACGCCGCCGACGGGCAGCGCAUCCCGCGCCGAGGCGAGAUCGGCAUGGAGACGGAGCAGAUUGAGAAGUACGAGCAGCCGGGCCCUCGCGUCGCGUCGCAGGUCAUCUCGGCCGAGGAAAAGCGCGGCAUCCUCCAGCUCGCGGCCGCCGAAAAGGCCAAGCGAGAGAACGAGAUCGUCGCCAGCUUCCGCGAGAUGGUCGACCAGAAGCUGCAGGGCGCACCGACCCAGUCGGGCGAGGGCGAGGGUGGCGGGCGUGGGUCGGGCCGGUCGUCGAGGUGA